AUGACUUAUAUGUUUGAAUAUCCACAGUUUGUUCGAAUCUCCUUGGAUGAAAAUAAAUUAAAUCCACAGUAUGGGUUAUAUGCCUAUAGUGAAGGCAGAUUUACCGAAAAAGCAAGAAAAAUGUGGUUUGAUGGUAUACCUGUGCUUUUUGUUCCUGGAAAUUCUGGCAGUCACAUGCAAGCACGGUCUUUAGCUUCUGUAGCACUUCGAAAAGCUUUAGCUAAAGGCUAUGAAUAUCAUUUUGACUUUUUUACAAUAAGUUAUAAUGAGGAGCUAUCUGGACUGUAUGGAGGCGUCCUUCAAAGUCAAACUGACUUUGCAGCUGCUUGUGUUUCAAAGAUUCUAAGUUUGUAUAAAAGUAAUAGGUACACGAAGUCUGUACCUACAUCUGUUAUUCUCAUUGGACAUUCUAUGGGUGGUGUAAUAACAAAGCGCCUCCUUGCAUACUAUGCUACAAGAAAUUCAACUGAUAUUGCAAUAACAUUGGCAGCGCCGUUAGAAGCUCCAGUUAUUAAUUUUGAUGUGGCAAUGAACAAUUACUACAUGAUUAUGGACAUGGAAUGGGAACUGUUCAUCAAUCAAAAUCAAGAGAUUAAAAACAAAAAGAUGUUGAUUAGUUUUGGGAGUGGGCCAAGAGAUCUUCUCAUUCCAGCUGGUCUUACUUCUACAAAUGAUAGUUUUAUUAGUGUUUUGACCACUGCAGUACCCGGGGUAUGGGUGUCGCCUGACCACGUAAGCAUGGUGUGGUGCAAACAGCUGGUGAUGGCAGUAAACCGUUACCUAUUUGAUAUUGUUAAUAUGCAAACUGAGCAGAUAUCCAAUAAUAGAGCUCUGUUGACGAGUAAAGCUCGACAAUAUUUUCAGGCGAACCGUUCGAUGACUCUGAGUCCUCAUAAAGCGCGCCCCGAUGUAACUCUGCAAGGCGACGCAUUUUGGUAUGAAGAUAAUCGAAGAAUCUAUCAAAUAAAUAGACCCGAUAUUGACAGAACAACUUUUUUGAUGAUAAGAUUGGUCAGCUUCCCCCAGAACCGGUUUGUGGCCGUGGAGUCGGUAAAUGUCGACGACAAGGACUGGAUUUUUGGUUGCAAUGCCAAAUACACACACAGCACGUAUAGACAUUGUAAAGAAGCCAAACCUUUGUCAGAGUUAAGUCGCUGGAGUGGUGCAGCAAAUGAUUUUGGACGCAGAAAACUUGCAACUGUCCACCUUCACAAUUUGAUGGAUGAAUACCCGGAAUGGACGCAUGUUGUUGUCAAAGUGUCACCAACUAAAAAACCGAUUACUUUAAAUGUUGACAUAAAUGACUAUGCAUCGAGAAGAAUAAAUGUAAAUCUGCCUUUAUUUGGCAGACAAAUUGUAAAGCAGGAGACGGAAACCAACAGUUUGUACUACGAGCUUAUAUUGACCGAUAUGAAUGUAUUGCACCAAGCGUACUUGCUGUACGUAGAGCCGACACCAAGUUGCCAGGCAAAUCAUUAUCACGUGUCUGCAGAGAUGCACGUCCCUUGGGCUAAAAAUAACGAAUACUACCAUUAUUUCACCCAUUUAAAGCGAACUCCAAUGAAGUUACGUCUGUUUAAAAGUAACCCGAAUGUCACAUUAGGAAUGGAAGCCUUGGAGACGGUCAAGGUUACUUUGUUAUUGGAUCCUAAAUGUACGUUUACUAUAAGUAUCUCUACAUCAUGGUACCAUCGGCUAGCGCAAAUCGCCCGGAACUACACACCGGUUCUAUUUCCAUUUGUGGCGGCUAUAGUUCUGCUGGCAGUAAGAAGUAGUAUCAUACAUUUAAAAGACCAUGGGACAUGCCUCUCCAUACACGGUGCCUUGAUGAGUGAAUCAGUGAAGCCGUACUAUGCCCUUGUUUUUGCUAGACUAGGUGCUAUGGUUUUACUAUCGGUGCCAUUCUUAGAAUUUUUGUUUGAAAAUGCAAGUUGGAAGAAUCUGGAACUGCAUUACUUUAUCCGGUCACUGUUAGUUUUGCCAAUGUAUAUGACUGCAUUGGGAAUCGUGAACGUCGCAGCGGCGGCCAUUUUGGCUGUUAUGGUGUUUUGGUCACAGUUGGCUCAUAGGUUGUUAUUCAGGAUAGUGUGGCGAGGGGGCAGUAGUAUCGCGGAGAAGAUGGCGUCCGGCCUGCAGAAGGUGCCGAUGGCGGUGAGCGCGGCGCUCGUGUGCACGGCGCCCGUGUCCUGCGGCGCCGCUUCGCUCGCCGCCGGUGCUGCCUUCUACGCAUUCAUGCUGUCCAAAAUGUACGAGGACUACCUUGAAGAUUAUGUAUACAAACUGAUGGCUAAACUAGGAAGUAAAAUUUGUCGACUGUUCAAAUCAAGAAAUAUGGAAGAGAAUACAUCUAAUACUGAUCUCGUACCUUGCAACUCAUCACAAGAACCUACUACAGAAAAACUCAUAGUAGCAGAUAUAAAAAAAGAUAAUAGUUUAGAUAUAGUUGAAAAGAAAGAUAAUAGUUUGGAUCUAGUUAAAAGUUCGAAAGUAAGUAAAGAAAAACCGUCCGAAAAUUCUAACACGGACGUUAGCGUAAGUCAGUCCACCAGCGACCUAAAAAAAGAAUCCCAAAAAGCCAAGCGGAAAUGCAAUGAAAGAGGGAGAAGAGAUGACGAGAGUAAAAACAGUAUUGAUCAAGAUUUAAAUAAUUUAAAUUUCCACAUGAUGCUGUUCUUUUUAUGGUUGAUAGUAACUGCUGUAAAUAUACCCGCUCUGUUAACAUGGGCCAGAAAUUUCAAGUACAGUAUGGUGCUAAAAUCUGAUACUUCUUACCAUACAGGUCUUGUGAUGUCAGUAUGUUCAGCUUUUGUUUGGCAAAUGGAUGGACCACGGCAAAAAUUGAGAUAUUACGAAGCGCUAUCUUCAUUAAUUUUUACAAUGGCUUUAUUUGUACUAGUCUUAGGCAUAUUUUCAUUGUUUAUUGUAAACUAUGGUGUGACUCUGAUAUUUGCUUUAAUAACAAUGCAGCAGUUGUGGGAUUAUGAGGAAAAAUCUAAUGACGAAACUAAUGAUGUAGCUAAUGAUGAUACAAAUGAUGCUCAAAAUGAAAAAGUUGUUGAAGAAAGCCAUUGUCAACAGAAAGAAAAUAACUCACAAUCUCAAAGUGAUUUAUCUAAUGAAACACCUCAAAGUAGAGAAUGUAAAGAUGAGACAGAUAAAACUAAGCAAGAGAUAAGAGACCAAACAAUAGAAGACUGUAACGUCUGUAGUGAAAAUAGGAUAUACAAUAUUUUUAAACAUCUCAGAGAUAAAUUUAGCUUUAAUAAUAAUGAUGUCCCAUAA